UCGCGUCUGUCGAAGUUGAUUUACUCAUAUAGAAAUGCACAUUGAAAGUUGGUAGCAUUGCAUUAAACUGUGUGCUUGUAUGCACCAUUUUAUUGUGAUUGUCCCGUGAUAGGUUUUUUUGGUAUAAAAAAAAACUAAACAAUUUUGUUUCAAAAGUCAAGUUAACAACAAGUUGGGUGAAAAUCACAGUCAUCAUUAUUCCAUUGUAGUUUCAAUUGAUAACUAUUUCGUUUUCGAUCCAUUUUCUUCGCCAUUUCUUAUUUUUCAUUGAAUGUCAUUCAAAACAACAGCGAAAAAAAAGAUGAAUGAAAUGGCGGCCACCAACUAUUGUCGUGCUUAUCGUGGGCCAAAGGCUGAAAGUCGUCUAAUUGGUUCUACUUCCAUUCUGAGUGCGGUCUUUGAUGCCAUCGAUCAGAAUAUAUUCAACUGUAAUUUGGACGGUGUGAAAUUGGAAUGGUGUGAAACAUUGAAAUCACGAGCGGCUGUCACCUACCAACAAAACACAUUCGCCAACAAGCAAGUGUACAUUCGAUGCAGCAAACCGUAUCUGAAGGACUACCGACGAAAGCAAUUCAUGGAAGUCAUUCUGUAUGAAAUGCUUUGUUUGUACAUGAAUAUCUCAACGGUUGACAAAAUGCCAGACGGUCUGCAAAUGCAUUUGCUGAAAGGUGCGAUUGAUUACUUGAAUCAUUGCUUCGAAACCGAUCUCAAGAUCAACAAUAACUACGGCAAAGACAACAACACUUCGGAUGUGAAGGAAAUUUUGAACUAUGUGGCCGCCGAGCGUAGAGUUGGCGAUAAGAAACCAUUGAUUGAUGGCUUCAAGGCAACACCAGGCAUGCAAAUUUUAACCAGAAAAUUGUUUGGCAACAGUGAAGAUUUUGAGUGCAAACAAAACUGCGGACUUUGCUAUUGCGAACCAGCAAUCAAAUUUCGACAACACUUCAACGGUGUAAACAUCUAUGCCAUUUAUCCCGUUAGAGAAGAUGUGAAAUGCUUACUCUGCGAAAAAGAGGUGGCACGCGGCUCAAUGGAAGAUCAUCUCGACUGCGAUUGCUUUGUCUUUAAGCCAUUAGGUGCUCCGAAUUUUGUUGUUGAACUUAGCGGAUUUGAAACUUUUAGAAUUUAAUUUUACACGUCUUGUCACCGUGUCAGCAUAUCAUUCAAGUGAUUACAUGCUAGAAACAAAUUUGUUCAUUCUCUUUAUACACAAAUGUAAAACAGAAUGGCACGAAUUACUCUUAAAUUCCCUUUUAAAUUUUAAUUAAUCUUCUUUUGUUAUAACAGAUAAGUUAUACGGGAUUAUAUCCUAAUUAUUAAAACACUGCUUUAAAAGCAGUGAGAUUAUUGUCACUAGCUCAUUUAGAAAAAUAUUAAAUCUAGUUAUGUGAACGCCUUUAACAAAUUUGUAGUUUUUUUAAGAACUGUGGAACAAGUUUCCAAAUAUCAAAUAGAUUUUUCAAUAAAGUCAUUGGAACUAAUAUCAACGACAUCAAAA